UAGAAGAUUGGUUCACUCAAUGGAACUACACAAGACAAUUUAGUGUUUAGUUUUAUGUCAGAUGUGUUUGUUAGUGUAUCUCUCUCUAUCUCAAUUCCCAUAAAGGCACCAAGUGUUCUGGGUGAGGAUCCAUCCUCCAUUGAGGCUCAUGUGAAUGUCUUAAAUAGCCAGUACCAGAAGAUGCAACCUGACUUCAGGAUUGUACGAGACCGAAUGCAGCAGACGUUUGCAUGGCGGCAAAAGGAGAUUGCUGAUGGCAUGACUGUAGAGGACACAGUUAAGAAGUACCCUUUUUUAAGGACACCCACCGGGUUGUGUGAUGAGUUGGAACGUAUCCAUCCAGCAACAGGGAACUUGUGUCAGCGAUUCAAUGAAGGCUUCAAAUGUAUUGUACCGAAGGUGCUUCAACUAGCUCAAAGGAAAUGCCCACUAUUCCAGUUUUACCUGGAGACAAAAGAAGAAGCUCUUACUGAGGAUCUUCCAGAUAUUGACUUUAGGGCAGCCCUCAUCUUUCUGCCUUACAUCUUCAAAGAGAACAUUGAUCGCUUUAUUACACUUGGAGAGACUGAUCUUGACAGCCCGUACCCAACUAUUCAGUUGACCGACCGAGACUGGAAAAUGGCCUUUGCCAGGAGAGCUCCAAACAUUCUGAAAGUGGACCACAUCGAGUUGUUUCGCAACUCAGGAAUCGACGAAGGAAUCAUCUCAGCCUUCUGCACAUACUUCGUGUUCAAUCUUGCAUAUCCAAGACAUCUGAAGAACACUCUGAUGUUUCUCCAAAGGUACAUUGCCAAAAUAGUUGUGGAUGGUGACCAGCCUCUGCCAAUAACUGUCACUAGGCAAAUAAAUCUUCUAUACUGACUCCACCAUGCCUCGUCCAUACCAGUGCCCCAAAUGCUCCAGGAGGACAUUCACCUUGAUGAAACUAAUUCAGCACAUAGGACUCAUUCAUGCCC